GUAAGGAUCAUGUGCAGUAGGAGGAGAGUGUGGUCCUGUCAUAUGACUUAUAUGAGCUCAGGUUUGUGCUGAUUUCACAGCGCUGCUGAAGCGGGUCAUACUCGGUCCGGGCGUCACUUACCGUCUGUCUGCUCAGAGGAACCAUCCACACGUCGCCAUGGCUGUCCGCGGUUGUGUGAUCCUGCUCUUUAUUCUACUUAGCGGUAUUGUGCUUGCUGAAGAGCUGGUACCAUCACCAUUACCUGCACUACAGGAGCUCUAUACAAGCAAAAUCCCCUCCGGCACUUCUCCAACCAACUCCAUGGCUAAAUCUACUACAGUACCUCCAACUUCUCCACAUCACUCCACGGCUAAAUCUACUACAGUACCUCCAACUUCUCCACAUCACUCCACGACUAAACCUACUACAGAACCUCCAACUACCAUGCAUCACAACAUAACAAAUUCCACCACAGAAGCGCCAACUACCAUGCAUCACAACAUAACAAAUUCCACCACAGAAGCACCAACUACCAUGCAUCACAACAUAACAAAUUCCACCACAGAAGCGCCAACUACCAUGCAUCACAACAUAACAAAUUCCACCACAGAAGCGCCAACUACCAUGCACACUAAUGCUACAACAGCUCCUCCUCCUCCUCCAACCUCCCCUCCUGUCCCCAGCCCAACUGUUGGAAACUACAGCGUCAAGUCAGACAAUGUCACUGUCUGUCUUAUGGCAAAGAUGGGCCUUCAGUUUAGUUUCAAAAUGAGUGAGAAUUCCAGCUUUCAGACUCUUAAUCUUGACCCAAGUGCUAAUGUAACGGAAGUGAGUGGAACCUGUGGAAGUGGUGGCAGGGACUCUUCUCUUCUGCUGAAGUCAGAAGAAAUCACAGUUCAUUUUGUCUUCACAAAUGUUUCACAGAAGUUCCGUCUACAUGCUUUGACGCUCUCUGUUAAUCUUGGAAAUGGAAAUGUUUUCAAUGCCUCCAAUAAUAAUCUGUCUCUCUGGGAGGCAUCUGUUGGAAGCUCCUACAUGUGCAGAAAAGAGCAGAGUUACAACAUCACUGACAAGCUUACCCUCAAUACGUUCGAUCUACAAGUGCAGCCCUUCGCAAUCCAGAACAACAAGUUUAACACAGCCCAUGAAUGUUCAAUGGAUGACACCAGCCUCUUAAUCCCAAUCAUUGUUGGUGCCGCUCUGGCUGGUUUGAUUUUCAUUGUUGUGAUUGCAUACGUGAUUGGUCGACGAAGGACCUAUGUUGGAUAUCAAACACUGUAAUGCAACAGAAUCACAAUCAAAUCCUGGGGGUUUUAAGGGACACAAGCCUGUUCCUGGACCAUUGUAAACAUUGUGGGUUUUUGUGCAAUCUCAAUUGGCAACUGACUCAUGGCCACGGGGGUCAAAAAAUGUUUUAUCCUAAUGUGGUCAAUUAACCCACCGGCCCUUAAACUGCAAUACAUUGAAAAUCUAAAGAUACAGUGGCACUCCAGGACCAGAGCUUCCUAUUGUGAACUAAGUGUGCACUUUUUUUUUUUUUUUUUUUUUCUUCUCCCCAAAUUUGUUGUGAAGUAAGUGCAUGGUCUCUGUGUUUUGGCUUUAAAACCCACUUAUCUUAUUUCUUAAAAUGCAACUUACUGCUAUAGUCACAGUACCUUGCUAUUUUGUUGAAAAUAUUCUUAAGUUUCAUAGAUCUUGGGUCGUGGCCAACUUAAAAUUUCAAUGCUCCAUAUCAGACCCUGCACUUGCUUCUUUAGACAUUCCCUUUUUUUUUUUUUUCUCUCCAUUUUGUAAUUUAGCUUGAUUUAAUUUGUGCCCAUUUAAAUCUAUCAUAACUGUAUCAACAGCUUUAAACUGAAACCUUUAUAUUCACCUGUCUUGCAGCUUUUGAGUUAAAUAUUAAAAGUAAUUCCAGAAACAGUUUGUUACUCUACACUAUAGUGAUUGGACGGCUAACACUUAUUGAAAUCAGAUGCUUUUGUAUCGUGUUGGUGGUUCUGUAUUCAGAGCAGCUGUGAGGGUAAAAAUAUUUAAACAUGCUGGACGGACCGUUCGAACAAUUGAAAUUCUAGAACAGGAAAACAAAUGCUUGAAUGUUUAAAAUACAUGACAAGCACUUUAAAAAUGCAGACCGUUGUAAUAAAUGUAGGGCUGGUGUACACUUAAUAAAGCAUAAUACAAAGAAAUGCUAACUGGCAUUUAAAUGCUGUUACAAAAUUUUUCAUGUUUGCUUGCCCUUUACUGGGGUUUGAAAAGGGACAAUUAAUGAUAAAUCAGACAUCUUGUCAGCUACUCUUCAUAAGUUUGAAUUCUAGCCUAAAAGAUGCAUUCUGCUUUUUGCUAACUGUGACUUGUAAUUGCUGCAAGAUGAAUUUUUGCACCUAUUUGAACUGUCUUUUGGUAGUUUGGUUUUUGUUUUUUCCUCCCCUCCCUUUAAUUCCUGGUGAAUUUUCACAGUUUAUGCACUAUUCUAAUUUAGUCUAUGCAGCACCCACACCAAGUCUCUUGUAAACGUUUGUUUUCACCAUAGCCAGGACAAAUGGAAACCUUAAACUGAUUACUGGUCUUUUUGUGCCUUGCUUUAAUGCAGUUACUUUUGCUUGCAAUCCAACCAGUUACAUCAACUACUUGUAAAAUAAAGAUUGUGGUUUUGUGUGUGUCCCCCAAACAUACUUGUGUGACAGUUUUCUGCUUGCAGACUUGUGAAAAGGGAUUCCUUAUCUGACUGCCCUAAACAUGUUUCAUGAGACUUUUGUUUUUUGCAAUGGAAUGGCUUUGUUUUAAUGGGCUUUUAGCUGCAAUAAAUGGAGAAAGACAAUUGUGUAUAACAA